AGCCACCGCGCGGGCUCGGGGCUGGGUCGGAAAAGCUGCCUCACGGGCGCGCCCUCCGGCCCCUCCGCUCCUUCCCUCCCUCCCAGAGCGCCCCGCCCGGGCCUCCCUUCUAGUCUCCGCUGCGCCCUCCUCGAGGCAGCGUUUGCAGCGGCCUUGCCAUGUCUCAGCCGGGCCAGAAGCCCGCCGCCUCCCCGCGGCCCCGGCGCUCUGCAGCGGCCCGCCAUACACAGGAGCAUGUCAGUGGAAAAACCAGUGGAUCACCUUCCAAGUCUGGAGAAAAGAAAGGAUCAGAUGAGAAAAAAGCAACAAGCCUUGAGAGCAGUCAGCCUUCCAGAACCCAUGCUGGUGGAACAGCCCCGGCCACCAAGGUCACUACUUCUUCUGCUUCCACCAGCAAGUCUUCCAGUAUGAAUCCCACGGAAGCCAAGGCUAUUCCAAUCAGCAAACAGACGGAACGACAGCAUUCUCCUAACAAGAAAAGACACAAAAAACAGGCUGCAAAAACAGAACCUGAGAAGAAGUCACAGUCAACUAAGCCAUCUGUGGUUCAUGAGAAAAAAACCCAAGAAGUAAAGCCAAAGGAACACAAAGAGCCAAAGAGCCUAUCCAAGCAUGCAUCAGAUACAGAAAGCAAGCAUGUUCAUAAGGAAAAAGCAGCGUCCAGAUCAAGUGAGCAGCUGACGUCAGAGAAAUCAACAAAACCAAAGACUAAAUCACAGGAUGCAGUUUCUGCCGACAGGGAGGGCGUUGUUGCUGGGGUAGCUGCAGCAUCUGCCACCCCAGCUAAACAGAAAAAAGAAAAGAAAUCAUUAACGUCGGCUGUACCAGUUGAAUCCAAACCGGGUAAACCAUCUGGAAAGUCAGACAUGGACUCUGCUUUGGAUGACUUAGUAGACACCCUAGGAGGACCUGAAGAAACUGAAGAAGAUAACACAGUGUAUACUGGACCUGAAAUUUCAGAUCCAAUGACUUCUACCUACAUAGAGGAAUUAGGUAAAAGAGAAGUCACGCUUCCUCCAAAAUACAGGGAACUUUUGGCAAAACCCAUGGGGCCCAGUGAUGCCAUAGAUGCUUUGUCGUCUGACUUCACCUGCACUUCUCCUACCCCUGGUGGAAAGAAAACUAAGGAAGAGAAAUCCACAGAAGAGGUUUUAAAAGCUCAGCCAGCCACGGUAAUCAAAAGUGCUGCUUCACCCCAAGAGAAGAAAAGAAAGUUGGAGGAGGACACAAUGAGCGAUCAAGCACUGGAGGCUCUUUCAGCUUCGCUGGGCAGCCGGAAGCCAGAACCUGAGCUCGACCUCAGCUCCGUUAAGGAAGUCGACGAGGCAAAAGCCAAAGAAGAGAAACUAAAGAAGUGUGGUGAAGACGAGGAAACCAUCCCAUCAGAGUACAGAUUAAAACCAGCCACGGAUAAAGAUGGAAAACCACUAUUGCCAGAGCAUGAAGAAAAAUCCAAGCCUCUGAGUGAAUCAGAACUCAUUGAUGAACUUUCAGAAGAUUUUAACCAGCCUAAAAGUAAAGGAAAACAAUCUAAGCCAUCUGAAAAAACAGAAGAAUCUCAGGCUGCUGCCCUAACUCCUGUGAGCGAGGCCGUGCCUCGGACUUCCAUGUGUAGUAUACAGUCGGCACCACCCAAGCCACCCACCUUGAAAGGCAUGGCGCCAGAUGAUGCGGUAGAAGCCUUGGCUGGCAGCCUGGGGAAGAAGGAAGCAGACCAAGAAGAUGUAAAGCCCAUGGCGGAUAAAGUGAAGGAGAAAGCCAAAGAAGAGGAUCGUGAAAAACUUGGUGAAAAAGAAGAAACCAUUCCUCCUGAUUAUAGACUAGAAGAGGUCAAGGAUAAAGAUGGAAAACCACUCCUGACAAAAGUGACCAAGGAAUCGCUUCCACCCAUGAGUGAAGACUUCCUUCUUGAUGCUUUGUCUAAGGACUUCGCUGGUUCCCCAAACUCUGCAUCUCUUAAAUUUGAAGACGCUAACCUUCCUGCUGUCAUCUCUGAAGUGGUCUCCCAAACCCCAGCUCCCACCAUGCACUCUGCCGGCCCACCCCCUGACACUGUGCAGAGUGACAACAAAGAACUGGACGAUGCGUUGGAUCAACUUUCUGACAGUCUAGGACAAAGGCAGCCUGAUCCAGAUGACAACAAACCAAUAGAGGAUAAGGUCAAGGAAAGAGCUAAAGCCGAACACAGAGACAAGCUGGGAGAAAGAGAUGACACCAUCCCCCCUGAAUACAGACACCUCUUGGAUAAUGAGGAAGGCAAACCAGCAAAGCCACCUGCAAAGAAACCCAAGGACUCAAAGAAACCUGAAGAUGACAAAGACCCCAUUGAUGCCCUGUCAGGCGAUUUUGACAGCUGUCCUGCACCCACAGGAGCCUCAGAGAACACAGCAGAGGACAAAGUCAAGAGAACUGCUCCCAGCACCAAAGCAGCCAAGAAUGGAGGUAAAGCAAAGGAGUCCGCCAAGGCAGAAGAGGAAACUUCCAAGCUAAAAGCUGAUGGAAAAAAUACAAGUUAAAGUUCACACUAUUUGGUAUCUGCCUAUAAAAUCUUCAGCAGGUGGAUGGUGACUUUUGAAGGACAAAAGGCUUUGAACAACAGCAAAUUUUUCUGGGUGGCUUCUAGACAGUGUUACUUGUCGAAUCUUGACAUCCUAAACAUUGGUUAUUCUUUUCCCAGAAAGAAAAUGAAUUUGUGUGGUUCAUCUGUGUUAUUGUACUGAGUGUUGAUAAACUUUGAAUUUUUAAAAAAUGCCUUCAGUUGGGAGAGACGGGAACUUUAUAUUUCUACGAGAUAUAUUUGAUAGUUUCAUAAAGCAACACACAAAAAAAGGAAAAACCUUUGCAAAUUUUUGCACAUUCUACACACAGUGCCUGUAAAUCUCAUUCGUAUUUUCAGUUAGCACUUAAUUCUUUUGUUGUGGUUAGCAUUUGGAAAACAAUGCUUUGAACAUGUUGAAUGUCCUGAUUUCUCAUGAUCCAUUUCCUCUUGGGCUUUGGAACUGUACUUGAGAUUUCUUUGGGUUAAUGUUUAUAAGUCAAACCUAAAAUAUUGUACAUUGGGCACAUUAUCUCCUCUUGGGCUGCUAAUAAAUUAAUAGAUAACCUGGUCAGACCAGGACGCGCUGCACCCAGUACUGUUUUUUGCCAGCAGUUAGGACUUCUGCACCUUAGAGCCAGCACAAAAGAUAUUGAGACUUGAAUCAAGUCAGAAGAGCAAAAUGCAUUCUCUGUGUCACCACAUAACAAGUUCCAAGAUAGUAAAAUCUAAUCCUUAGAAUAUGCAUAGGCCUUGAACUCACUUGGGUUACUGUGUUAAGCUAUGUUUUCCAUUUCUGAUACAUGUAACCAGAACAGCCAGUCGUUCCUUAGAGCCAUUGCCCUGUUAGUCCGUGCACUGUAUCCCAUCUGGCUUCAGGGAAGUUGGGUUUACCAAAUACAAAAACUUCGACUUGAAAGAAAAA